GUAACUAAUAAUUCUAUAGACAUUGGACCAGACACCAAUGUCCCGCGAACAUUGUUGCGUUUGUUCGAAGUGGUCUUAGAAGGGAAGCUUCCUGUGAUCAUUCCCAGAACGACCCCUCGAAGUCACCAACUUCACAAUCUCCCUCUACUCUCUCUCUCCUCUAUUCUCUCUCUCAUAGUAGUAGUAAGCUCCACCUGCAAUGAUGAAACCAAACGCCUCAUUAGGGUUUCCAACAAUCCCCGUUGAAGUGGCAACCCCUAAGGUUUGGUUAGGGUUUUGCUUCUGACGAUGCAGAAUUCAACGAACCAACAAGAUCGAGAUCAGAGGAAGAACAGUAGCAUGGAAGAUUCCCCUGCAAUGACAAUUGAGUUCCUUCGCGCACGGUUGCUGUCUGAAAGAGCUGUGUCUAAAACUGCAAGACAGAGAGCUGAUGAGUUGGCAAAUAGGGUAGUGGAGCUGGAAGAACAGCUAAAGUUUGUGUCUCUCCAAAGAAAGAAGGCCGAAAAAGCAACAGCAGAUGUUCUCGCCAUUUUGGAGAACCAUGGAAUGAGUGAAUUAUCUGAGGAAUUUGAUUCAAGCUCUGAUCAGGAAAUGACCCAUUGUGAAUCUAAAGUAGGCAAUAAUUCCGUGAAGGAGGAAAGUUCGGUUGCUUUGAAGGUGAGAGGGAAUGAUGUGGAUGAGUUUUCAGGUUCUGAGCUUGAAUCUGUUUCGUUAUCUGGCAGAAGCUUGUCCUGGAAAAGUGGCAAGGAUUCUCCACAUUCUCGUGAAAAGAAGUAUAUGAACUCUUCUAAUAGAAGACGGAGGAGUUCUGCAUCCAUUGGUUUUGAGUCACCGAAACAACGUGUUGGCAAAUCUUGUCGCCGGAUACGAUCCAGGGAGACAAGAUCAGCGGAUGGGGAUUUACGAACUGACACUGGCAUGCUAACUCCUCAAGCCAAUGGGGUUGCUACCUGUUCGGAAGGUUUUCCAAAUUGCUCUGACACUGGUUCUGAGUUCUUGAGAGUAGAAUCUGAAAAUCAGGGAGAACAAGUUUUACUGGAAGGUCCACUUUCAGGGGGCUUGGAGAAUCAAAGAGAUGUAACUGAUGCUGACAAUUAUAUCAAUGGACAUGGAAGUGAAAAAGACAUGGAAAGAGCACUAGAACAUCAAGCAGAACUCAUUGAGCGAUAUGAAGCGGAGGAGAAAGCUCAAAGAGAGUGGGAAGAGAAGUUCAGAGAGAAUAAUAGCAGUACACCGGAUUCAUGCGAUCCUGGGAACAACUCAGAUAUCACUGAAGAGAGAGAUGAAAUCAAGGCACCAGCUCCUCCAUAUCCUGCUCUGACAAUUUCCUCUGAAGACCAAGAGGGGAAGUCAAAGAUGGGGGAUGCUUUAUUCACUAAAGAAUCAUCUGAAAGUCAUAUCAAUGGCUUUCAGCCACCGCCACACGUUGAUAUGGGAUGCUUACAGGAUAAAAAAUGCAGUAGUGUUGUUGCUUCUGAAUCCCCAGCUUCAGAUUUUGCAUUUCCUAUGGCUACGGGGAGCCAUAUUCAAGAAUGUUCACCAAGUAAUGGUCAUCCAGCUUCAGGCAGCUCCCAUCAACAUCUGCCCUCACAGGGAUCCCUUGGGAACCCGUCAGCGGACAUGAUCUCUUCUUCUCAUGAAGGCAGUAGUUUCUUCAACAAAGAAGGGAGGCAAAAUGAGCUUGCAUUGAUGCCCCGUGAUACUUCCAAUAAACUAGGAUCUGUGCUGGAGGCACUUCAGCAAGCUAAGUUAUCGCUAAAGCACAACCUCAAUAGAUUUCCAUUAAUAGAAGGUGGGUCUGUUGGGAAAGCUAUUGAGCCUUCUGUUCCUGCUAUGAGAACCGGUGACAGAGUAGAGGUUCCUAUUGGAUGUGCUGGGCUUUUCAGAGUGCCAACUGAUUCUCAAUUUGAAGGAAAUACGCGAGCCAACUUCCUGCAUUCAGGUUCUCGAUUAAGUUUGACAAAUUAUUAUCCUGAUACUGGUUAUGGUGAUGAUAGAUUCAUGGCCAGUCCUUACUUAAAUUCUAGGCCAAGUGUUCCUUCUGAUCAAUUUCUCGCCAUCUCCUCCAGCCCAUACACAGAGAUGAGGUCUGCAGUUCCUUCAAAUAAACCGUUCUUUGAGCCUCACAGAGAUGGUUAUGCUGAUGAUAGAUUCAUGGCCAGUCCUUACUUGGAUUCUAGGCCAAGUGUUCCUUCUGAUGAUCAAUUUCUCGCCGUCUCCUCCAGCCCAUACACAGAGAUGAGGUCCACAGUUCCUUCAAAUAAGCCAUUCUUUGAGCCUCACUUGGAUUUGAGUGUACCAUCUUCGAGUAGAUUCAUGGCCAGUCCUUACUUUGAGUCUAGGCCAAGUGUUCCCAUUGACAAUCGAUUUCUCACCAUGCCUUCUGGCCCAUACACAGAGACUAGGUCCACACUUCAUUCACGUAAGCCGUUCUUUGAGCCGUGCUUGGAUGUGAGUGUACCCUCUUCUAGUAGAUACACCUAUCUUGAUCCUAACUUGGAUAUGGGCCGCCUCUCUUCUAAGAGGUACACUUAUCCCACUUAUCCCUCUUAUCCCUUGCACACAGACCUGAUGCCACGGGUGCCAUUGCCCUCUAAUGGGGCACUUUCGAAACCUCUUUCUAAUGGGGAAACUGGGAUGCCACUAGCUAAUAACUUCUCCUUGCAUGAUAAUCAUGUUAGACCGAACAUGUACAGAUAAUAGCAUGCCAUUAGUUGCAGUUCAGUAAAUGUCACUGUAUCUUUGUUUUGUGUUAUUAUGUUUGAUAAGGGCAGUAAAUAUACGAGUACAAUGAGGUCUUAGCUUCUGUAAACCAUUUUCUGUAUCAUUUAUCCAGUGGUGUAUUAUUGAAAUAGAGUUUGUGAACAGAUCUACCAUUACAUUGUUCUCCUCUUUGCUUUGGUUUUCCUAUA